AUGUAUGAUUGUCCUGAUGAGCUUAGAGAUGCAUUUAAACAAGAUACAUCUUCCCAAGUCAUAAACAGAAGUACCAUUGUGAAACCAACAUACAGUCUCUACUACCUAGGUCUACUUGUAGAAGAAUUGCACAGCAUUUCAUAUACACAUUUGACACUUUCUGUUCUCCAACUGUCAGAGGUUAUCGCACAUGACAUUGUGGAAAGUAAAAGUCUGUCGGAUUUCUACCAUCUAAAAAUUUCUCAAAUAUGUGGAGAUUUAAAACUCUACAAUGCA